AUGAUUAAGCUUCAUAAACAACUAGUGGAGAAAAGCAAUGCGCUUUCAGUAAUGGAAGGAAAGUUUCUUCAGCUUCAAGAGAAGCAAAAAACUCUCAGGAUCAGCCAUGAUGCCUUGAUGGCAAAUGGAGAUGAGCUAAAUAUGCAACUCAAAGAGCAGCGUUUAAAAUGCUGCAGUCUUGAGAAACAAUUACAUUCCAUGACAUUUUCUGAAAGAAGAAUAGAAGAGCUGCAGGAUAGAAUAAAUGAUUUAGAAAAGGAACGGGAACUUUUAAAAGAAAACUAUGAUAAACUUUAUAACAGUGCCUUCAGUGCUGCCCAUGAAGAGCAAUGGAAGUUAAAGGAACAGCAGUUGAAAGUACAGAUUGCUCAGCUCGAGACUGCCUUAAAAUCUGAUUUAACAGACAAAACUGAAAUCCUUGACAGAUUAAAAACUGAAAGAGACCAAAAUGAAAAACUCAUUCAAGAGAAUAGAGGACUUCAGUUACAGUGUCUGGAACAAAAGCAACAACUCGAUGAACUUAAAAACCACAUGAAGUUUUUCAACCAGGAGAGUGAUAUUAAUGCUGAUGAACUGAGUGAAGCUCUCCUGCUUAUAAAGAUGGAAGUUGAGGCAGUGACCCAUAAGAUGGAAAGUUUGCAGCAAGAUUAUGAACUUAAAGUGGAACAAUAUGUUCAUCUUCUUGAUGUCAGGGCUGCACGCAUCCAGAAACUAGAAGCCCAAUUAAAGGAUAUUGCCUAUGGCACCAAACAGUACAAAUUUAAACCAGAAAUCAUGCCAGAUGACUCUGUCGAUGAAUUUGAUGAAACCAUCCACCUAGAACGAGGCGAAAAUCUAUUUGAAAUCCACAUCAACAAAGUAAUCUUUUCUUCUGAAGUUUUACAGGCUUCUGGAGAUAAAGAGCCUGUCACUUUCUGUACCUAUGCUUUCUAUGAUUUUGAACUACAGACAACUCCCAUAGUUCAAGGCCUUCACCCAGAAUAUAACUUCACUUCUCAAUAUCUUGUUCAUGUUAACGACUUAUUUUUACAUUAUAUUCAGAAGAAUACUGUCACACUUGAAGUCCACCAAGCUCACAGCACAGAUUAUGAAACACUUGCAGCAUGUCAAUUGAGAUUCCAUGAAAUUCUAGAAAAAAGCGGUCGAAUAUUUUGCACAGCAAGUUUGGUUGGAACUAAAGGAGACAUCCCAAAUUUUGGCACAGUAGAAUACUGGUUCCAAUUAAGAGUUCCCAUGGAUCAAGCAAUUCGACUUUAUCGAGAACGAGCAAAGGCUUUGGGAUAUAUAACAUCAAAUUUUAAGGGGCCAGAGCAAAUGCAAUCGUUAAGUCAGCAAGUACCUAAAACUGCUCAGCUCAGUUCAACAGAUUCCACAGAAGGCAACUUAAAUGAACUUGACAUUACAAUAAGAUGUUGCAACAACCUGCAGUCCCGAGCUCGCCACCUGCAGCCACACCCAUAUGUUGUGUACAAGUUUUUUGAUUUUGCAGACCAUGAUACAGCCAUCAUUCCCAGUAGCAAUGAUCCACAGUUUGAUGAUCAUAUGUGUUUCCCAGUGCCAAUGAAUAUGGAUUUGGAUCGAUACCUUAAGUCAGAGUCUCUGAGUUUUUAUGUGUUUGAUGAUAGUGAUACCCAGGAGAAUAUUUACAUAGGAAAAGUCAAUGUGCCUUUGAUUUCAUUGGCACAUGACAGGUGUAUCUCAGGACUAUUUGAGUUAAUAGAUCAUCAAAAGAAUCCUGCAGGCACUAUCCAUGUUAUAUUAAAAUGGAAAUUUGCUUAUCUUCCACCAAGUGGAUCAAUAACUACUGAAGUUGAAGGAAAUUUCAUACACAGAGAACCAGAAGUUGUUAAGGCACUACCUCCAACAUCCUCUGUUAGCACAUCAGUUGCAGUACCAACACCUAAACCUAGACGUUUAACACCUGUAGAGAAGAAAGUGUCUUUUGUGGAUAUCAUGCCACAUAGGGAUUCUUGCAAAGAGACUUCUCCUCCUCCUGAAGAUAUGAAGGAAAUUUCACCCGAAGUGGAUCAUACAGCAAAAAUAGAAAUUAAUACAACAACUAUUUCAAAUAUUCCCAAGCAGGUUUCUCAAGAAGGCAGUAUAGUUAAGUUAAAAGAGAAUACUGAGAAAAUCCAGCAAGAAAAGGAUGAUGAUGUAUCUUUACUCUCUGAGGGUCAACUUGCAGAACAAAGCUUGGCUUCUUCUGAGGAUGAAACAGAAAUAACAGAAGAAUUGGAACCAGAAGAUGAAGAGGAUAGAUCAGAUUCUGACAGUGAUGAUUGUAUUAUUCCAAGUCCUGUCUCCAAUAAUAUCAAACAGCCAUCAGAGAAAAUUAGGAUUGAGAUCAUAGCUUUAAAGCUUAAUGAUUCUCCAAUAACCACAGAUGACACUAUCCAAAGGCUAUUCAUUGAGUGCCGAUUCUACAGUCUCCCUGCUGAAGAGACGCCUGUGUCGCUUCCAAAACCCAAGAGCGGGCAGUGGGUCUACUAUAACUAUAGCAACGUGAUCUACGUGGAUGAGGAAAACAACCAAGCAAAGAGAGACAUCUUAAAAGCUAUACUACAAAACCAAGAAAUGCCUAAUAGAAGUGUUCGUUUCACCGUUGUCACCGACCCCCCAGAGGAUGAGCAGGAUCUGGAGUGUGAGGACAUCGGCGUUGCUCAUGUUGACCUCGCUGACAUGUUUCAGAAAGGGAGAGACAUCAUUGAGCAAAAUAUCGAUGUUUUUGAUGCACGAGCAGAUGGUGUAGGUAUUGGCAAGCUCAAGGUAACAGUUGAAGCUCUCCAUGCCCUACAGUCUGUCUACAAGCAAUGCAAAGGACUAGGAGUCUUAAAAGGACCUGCUCCAGAGGCAUCUCCUACUUCUGAGUAA